AUGGCUUGUUCAUAAAAAUAUUUCUAACCAAGAUUAGAGGCUAAAGUUAUACAUUAUCUUAGUAAUGGAUCUGGAAGAGAUAGUUAUAUUUCAAGAACUAAUGGAGGUAUAUUUAAAGGUCGUCCAGAUGAUCCUAAAGGAUUUGAAAUAGGAACAUUUGGGGAAAGAAGAUUAUAUAAAACAAUAAAUAAUAAUUUACCUGCAAAACAUAUUCAUUAUCAUAAUGAUGGUACAGGGAGGGAUAAUUAUGUAAAAAUAGAUGAAGGUGGUUUAAGUGGCUUCAGUUGGAAUAGAUAAAAUUAUAUUAAAAGUUUAAGAGAUUAUAAUAGAAUCAGAUUUGCAGGAGAAAAUGAUUUUUUUUCGAAAACUUAAUUUACAAGACCAAAUUCGGGUGUAUAAAAUAAUAAAAUAAUAAAAAAUAAAUAAAUGAAAACAACUUUUAGACUUUCUUAACCGAAAAUUAAAGAAGAUCC